GAACAGUUUGCCGAUGAGAAGAGUAAUCCUUGUGUGCAGUUAAAAUGUCUUUUGAGGAUAAGGAUAUUAAAUUCGAUGUCCCAAAUCAACAAGAUCGCCUCCGCGGCGGCGAGACGAUUCUCGACAUAAUAAGCAACAUUGAGGACACGAAGGGCAACAUUGGAGACGUAGGACGACUGAUGAUUACCAAUUUGCGGAUCAUUUGGUACUCAGUGACGACGACAAAAUUCAAUUUAUCUGUUGGUUGGUCAUGCGUGUUAACCAUGACAACCAAGACAGUGGCCAGCAGAGGCAGAGGCAACACGCAAGCACUCUAUAUCCUCAGCAUCAGCCGUAAUUCGAGAUUUGAGUUCAUUUUCACGAGUCUCUCCAAUUCGCAGUCCAAAUUUUCGUCCGCUUUUGAUAUCUACAGACUCUACCAAGCAUCGACACUCUAUCGCGAAAUGAAGCUGAGAUCUUCCAUUCUUCACGAAGGAUCUCUCAAUGUGCUGCCGAUGGAGAAGGUUUUCAACACACUCAAUGGUGUUUGGAAUCUCUCGAGUGAUCAGGGAAACUUGGGCACAUUUAUCAUCACCAAUAUCCGACUGGUUUGGUUCGCCAACAUCAAUGAGACCUUCAACAUGUCUCUGCCCUACAUUCAGAUAGCCGGCAUUCAAAUUCGCGACUCAAAGUACGGCCUGGCGCUGGUGAUAAACACGUUGAAGAUGUCUGGAGGAUAUAUUCUCGGAUUCCGCAUUGAUCCGCCGGAGAAGCUGCAUGAGAUCUACAAGGAGCUCACGUCGCUUCACACUGUCUACUCCGACACGCCAAUCUUUGGGGUGGAUUACAAGCCGAAGUCGGAUUUGGAGCAGAGCGGAACAGAUCAAGUGUCUAUUGAUGAUAUCGAAGAGAUUGAUGAGUCGAAGAGCAGGGAAAUCAAUCACAAUUUCUCCGCUUAUCUCUCCGCUGAGGACUCUGGCGAAGUGAGAAGACCGUCGUACUGCAAGGAGCUGGGAUUCGCGAUGGAGAAGCUGAAGGAGGGCUUCAAGAUCAAGGAUUUGUGGGAAAUCAUACCGUCAUAGUGAAGACUUUGUGCUGAUGAACAAUUGAGUCGCCAAGUCGCGCGAAAGUGAUUUGUCCUGAUAUAUCUUUACAAGAUAUCAUAAAGAGCAAAUGAUAAGUAAUAAGCGACUUGA